UGUUUAGAUUUUUUGGCGGAUUUUUUGACUCGUUAGCCACCUACGUAGAAGCAAAAUUUUCUAAACGGAUUAUUUUACUUUUAUAGAAAAUGGAAAGAUCCAGGAUGAACCGAGCAUCCAGCAGUAGGCUCUCUGAGCUCCCUCAAAGAGUUGAAAGCAACAGAAUGAGCAUGGUUUAUGCAACACCGCAGAGCAAACAAUCCUUCGGAAAGUUGAACAUUCCUAAACCCCAGUCUGUCACAUCCGAGAGAAGAACCAGCUUUUUUGGUAGUCGGACCAGUGGGGCUGGCAUGGCUCGCAACAGCGCCUUUGGUGCCUUUGGAGGUGCAGAGAAGAUGAAGGAUCCCCGUCCCUUACACGAUAAGGCCUAUGUUCAGCAGUGCAUCAGACAGUUGUGUGAGUUUCUGUCAGAGAAGGGCUUUCCGGGUUCAAUGUCAGUCAAGUCUCUCCAGUCGCCCUCCACCAAGGAGUUCCUAAAGAUCUUUGAGUUCAUCUACUGCCUCCUGGACCCCACUUUCCAGAUGCCCACCUCCAAGGUGGAGGAAGAGGUCCCCAGGAUUCUCAAAGACUUGGGGUAUCCAUUUGUUCUCUCCAAAAGUUCCAUGUACUCUGUGGGGGCACCACAUACGUGGCCACAGGUCUUGGGGGCUGUUGUCUGGCUCAUCGAUACUGUGAAGAUCUUUUGCAGUAUGAGUGAUCAGGACCUGCUCUUUGCUGAUUUCUCUGACGGAAGCACUGAGAUUGAGGACGGGGUUGAGUUCAACAAGCUCUUUCUGGACUACACUGCUGAAACCUACAACAAGUUCAUGCAAGGAGCAGAUACGUUUGAUGAAGAGGAUGCAGAUUAUCUUGCUAAACUAAAGAGACUUUACAACGUUGACGAAGGGCUUCUCGCAUCCAUGGAGGAGAAGUACAGGAUGCUGAGUGAUGAGGUUGAGCGACUGGAGAAAGAAAGCCAAACGGACCGAUUGAUGGUCAAAAGAACGGAGAAAGUCAAACUUCAGACAGACCUGCAGAAGCUGCAGAGUUAUCGCAGUAACCUGGAGUCUUUCAAAGCCAACCUGGAGAACAAAGCCUCUGGAUUGGCCGAGGAGCUGGAAGCAUCGGGACUGCAAGUGGAGACCCUAAAACAGGAGGAGUCCCGGCUCCAACACAUCUUGUCCACCCAGAAGUUCACUCCCGCAGACAUUGAGAGGAUCAACUGGGAGAAGAGGGAGCUGCAGCAGACCAUCAACAGCCUGAGCAAGAGCCUGGAGCAGGCCGAGCAGCACAUGUGGAAUGAGGAGAUCGCUCUGGCCAAGGCCAAGGAGACGGCCGAAGUGAAGCUGGCCGAGUACCACAAGCUUGCCCGCAAACUGAAGCUCAUCCCUGUGUCUGCCGAAAACGCGUGCGGCCACGACUUUGAGAUCAGGACCUCCACAGAAUACGGACCGUCCACCAUGGUUCAAUGCAGAACACAGAUUCAACAACUACUGAGGAAACUGAUCACUGAUGUGGACGAGGAGUGUAGUCGACUGACAGACAUGAAACUAAGCCUGGAGGAGUCCAUAGAACAGGUGAAUUCUAAUAUUUCAGAUAAAGCGAAUGACUUGAAACACCUGAGAGAGCAAAUCCGUAGGCUCGACGAGCAGCUCGAACAAGACAUGCAGGACAUUGCCCAUGAGGAGCAGAAGUGGUCUGCUGAGAUGGAGUCUGUGGAGACCCACCGCAAGCUGCUGGAGAAGAAGGUGACCCUGGGCUAUGACGAGUCUGUGGAGCAGCUGAAAGCUGCACAGCAACAGUACCAUCUUGUCCUGCAAGAAACCAAUGAGGAGCGGCGGACUGUGGUUAACAACCUUGCCAGUGUGUUAACCACGGCUGCCAACCACCUGUCCAUUGUAGAGAAAUUCUUAGAGGAUCAACACAAGCGAGUAGACAGGGUGUACACGGACGCCUUCCGGGAGGACGAGGUGGACAUUCAGAAGAUGAAGGACAUUAUGGAGGGCUUUAUCGCUAAAGUAAACAGCAUGUAGUUCCGUGCUUCACUAUAAAAGCUGACAUGAGCUCUAA